AUGGCUUUCACUUUCACGUAACAUCAUGGCGCCAAUGUAUUUUUUGAAGUAUUACAAUAUUUUAUGAUUUUUCUAUAUCAGCCUUCAAAACUAUUGACGUUUAUCUCUCAAUGAGUAAUGGAAAUAAUAUAUUUGCUCUUACAUUACCAAGAGACUUUAUAGCAUUGGUGUUAACUCACCACUGCCAAUGAAAGAAGUUUACAUGAUUUAGCUGAAUUACUACACCGGCGGUGAAAAAACAUAUUGUCGCACUAUGGGGCUCAUACUUUCUAGGUUUAGGAGAAAAAAAUCAGCAGAUGAAAUACUUGAGGAAAUUCAGAAUGAUAUACAAGUUCUUGAAAGUGACCGAAACCAAGUCCUGCAGCGCCAAAAUUAUGUGGUGGGACGGCUAAUCAUUUAUUCAGUUUUACUGUAUGUGUUAGCCGCUGCUCUCUUUUAUUUCUGUUUUUUUCCUGCCUCCUUGACUGACAGGAUAUUUUAUAUGAUUCCAUUAUUGAUGUUUCCUCUUCUUAUAGUACUCCUAAAGAAGUUUAUUACUUGGUAUUACAAAAGAGAGAUAAUACAUAACAAAGAUAAACUUUCGGAUUUGAAAGCUAAAAAAAAGAAAAUUUUGGAAGAUGUUAUGAACACUGAAACUUACAAAGUUGCCAAAGAAAUUCUUGAGAAAUAUGCACCAGAACAGCUAAAAAAAUCAGGGCCUGAGCCAACUGUUAAGCCGCUGUCAUCAUCUGUCACCAAUCUCAAAGUUCCUGUUCCUAAGGAUUCCAAAAUUAUUCCACCUGGUCCUCCACCACCUCAGCAACAACUUCAGGUGGCAAAGCUACCAGCAUUACCAACAUCACAGCCUUCUGGAUUUAGUCCAGUACAUCAAAAGACUGUGGCUCCUAUGAUACUUCAACGUAGACAAAGUUCCCCUCAACGCUUAAGCCUUUCGGAACGUUCUCCCCAACGGCUAUUGGUCAGACCUAUCAUCCCAAGAGAAAGGAAUUGGAUCGACAGGCUAAUAGAGUCGAUAGUAGGAGAUGGGCCGAGCAAUAGAUAUGCCCUUAUAUGUAAGAAUUGUUCCUCGCACAAUGGUAUGGCUCUGAGGGAAGAAUUUGAAUAUCUUGCAUUCCGCUGUGCAUAUUGCGGUUUCCCCAAUCCUUCACAUAAAGUAAAACCAACAUCACGGCCUAGUAGUCGGUCUUCUUCUGUGGAGAGGAAGAUUGAUGAGGUGGUUAAAGAGCAAUUGGAAGACAGUGAUAUUUCACAAAAAGAUAAAGGAGAUGAACAAAAUAUGAACAUUACUCCUGAGAAUAACAAUCAAGGUGUGCAAGAUGAUAGACGAAACCCGUUAGAAGAUUCCGAGGCUGAUACUUCAAAAUCAGAUGCAGAAUCUGAUGAAAGUGGCAAUCCUUCUGAUGGAGUUCGUCCUCGGAAGCCUCUUCAAGUCUCUGACUAAAUUUCACAUUAUUCAACUGGCUUAUAUUUUUUCUUUUCUUUUCAAAUUCUUCUUGAAACAAUUAUAAAACUGUGAAGAGAAUCUAUUGAUAACUUCAAUCAGUCUAUUAACGAGAUAAAGUUAUUUUCCUAAUCAAUAGAUUUAUAAAAAUGUCUGUUUUUUGUUCAUUGCUCAAGGUUAUCUGUGCUUGAUUGAUGCUCUUCCUUAUGACUUAAUGUUCUAGUCUAUGCUAAGCUUCGACUGAUAUAUAUACAUAUAUAUUUAUAUGAUUUGGAUAAAAGGGUAGCUUAGGUGUGGGGUAUCCUGUAUACUUUUGCCAGACUACUACUGUAUGCCUUAAUGGCCGAACACCUUAUGUAGUCAGUUGAUAACCUCAGCAAUAACUAAUACACUUGUAAAAUAUUUUACUCUAUUUAUUCUGUUGAAUUGUGUUCAGUUCAUUACGAUUUUAUAAAAAUCUUUGUUAUUUUUUACAAAUAUAUGAAACAAUGUAUAUUUGUAAUAAAAUAAAUGUAAUGACUUAAAAAACUGCACAAUAGAUACUUAUUUAGUUAUAUUUAUAGAUCUAAUAAAUCAGUCUAUGAG